UCAAUAUUUUUGAAUUUAAUUUUGAAAUCAAUGAUAAGUUUGUUACAUAGCAAAUCCUCCAUCAGUCCUUCCUCUAUAUUAUCAUUCCUAGAACACUCCCGCUGCUUCCUACUGAAACAAUGGCGGCCGCCGGUGACGUCGAUGAAGAAUUUAUUAUUCCGCCGGAAAGAACGUUUUCCCUUCCUUACUUCAUGAGAAAGGUUUUCGCGGUGGAUGAACCCAACGCAGGCAAUGACUGGAACAAAGUCUUAAUCAUAGCCAUUCAUUCCAUCAUGUUAGAGUUGGGAUUCGUUCUUUCUCCGCUGCAUUCUUCUUCUUCUGCACCCGUGAAGGGCAAUAAGCAGAUCUACAACCGGUUUCGCCUCCCCCAUGGAUGGGCUUCGGUUUUCCCAGAAACAUGCCUACAUUAUACCCUUCCCUCGAUGCCGUUCACGUUCUAUUCCCGCUCCGGCUUCGCCACCGUACCCACUGUCGUUUUGAAGUUUCAGGUCAUCGGGAAAUUCGUCAUCGUAUACGGAUCUCCGGCGACGAAUGGAUCGGAGGAGGUGUAUAGGCUAUGCCUGGACGCCAGCCGAUUCGUGCCGCCCAUCAAUUUUACUUGGGCCAGUUCUGGGACCGCCGAUGAUUCCCAGAAGAGGAGAAAGGAAGAAGAAGAUAAGUACGUGAAUACUUACCCGGAGAACGAGAUAUACGAGUUGCGGAGGAUUGUGAAGGAUAAAAUUGGAUUGCCUCUGAAAACUAUACUUUGCGAGAAGAGAGGAUUGAAGGCUCCGACGAGUUUCAUGGCACUGCCGUAUCAUCUUAAGCCGGAGAUAUUGAAGUCGCUCUCCGACGCCGACAAGGCGAAGGUGUCUUGUGUUUGUUGGGAACUGCGGCGACUGGUUAUGGAGGAGAAAAAUGGGCACGACCUGGUUGGGACGAGCAGUUGCCCAAUUGGGAACAGAAGGGCCAGUGCUGAUGAAGCCGGGAAAGGGCAGAGGCGACCGCCGGGGUGGACUGUUUGUUAUUCCUAUUCCAAAUUCCGAUGCCUAAUUAGAAUUAGAUGAAUUUUGUUGCAUUUAUUUUAAUUCUGAAAGUGAUGGAUAUGUCUAUUUUUUAAUAAACUGAUUACAAUUCCUAACGUUUAUUUUAGAUGAGUUUUUUUUUUUUCUUCCCCCUUUCGACACGAGAAUAUUAGUAUAUACAAAGUUCAAAUUGGCC